UCCCACAUUGCUCCUUCUGAUCUUUCUUCUCAGCUUCGAUCUCCGAAACCGAAACAAACAAUGCAGUUCUUCGGCGGAUCCGAGAUAAGCCCGUCGCCUCCCGUCCCAACGGCGAGUGGGAACAACGCGCACAUGAUGUACGUGUUCAACCGCAACGGCGUGUGUCUCCUCUACAAGGAAUGGAACCGGCCUCUCCACACGCUCAACCCUCAGCAAGAUCACAAGCUCAUGUUCGGUCUCCUCUUCUCCCUCAAAUCCCUAACCGCCAAAAUGGACCCCACCAAUGCGGAUAAGGGGAAUCUAGGGGUCCCACAGUUGCCGGGGCAAGGAUGCUCUUUCCACAGUUUCAGAACCAACACUUACAAGCUUAGCUUCAUGGAGACUCCCUCUGGUAUUAAGAUUAUCUUAGUAACUCAUCCAAAGACGGGAGAUUUACGCGAAUCCCUAAAGUACAUCUACGGUUUAUACGUUGAGUAUGUGGUAAAAAACCCUAUCUACAGCCCAGGAUCUCCAAUCAAGUCGGAGUUGUUCAACACUGCACUUGACCAAUAUGUGAGGAGCAUCUCAUAGUGUCUGCAUUACAAGAUUUGGCCAUUGGAACUUCUGCUUCACAAAACUUUCUUCUGAACAAUCUCCUAGAUAAGAGAGAAUUGUAAUAGAAAGAUCAAAUCUCGAAUACACUGCUUUCCUCUGCAUAUAUAUGUUUCGUUCUCUUUUUUAAAAUCAAUGUAUUUGCUUGUUUUUUUUUCUUUGAUAAGUUACUGUAUUGGCUUGUUUUCAAAGAUGUUUAUGGUUAACGCAAAUCUUGAGAUACCAUUUGAGGAAGAAA